UCUGAUAUCAGAUUCAUGAGGAUAUGAAAAAAACAGCAAAAAACAACAAGAAAAAAACACAAAAAAUACACCAGACCUCCAGCUACAGUUGUGACUUGAACCGCCCAUUUCCAGUACUACACCAUGCGAUCAUCAACUCCAAAGAGACGCUGAAAGGACAAAUACGCAUGAGGAAGUCAAGAUGCUGGUUGGUUUCCUUUUUCUGCUCCUUAUCUCUGAUGAGAUUAAUUCUGAGGAGAACUGCAGUUAUCAGGAUGUUUUGAACUAUUUAAACCUGUCACGUAGCAACGAGUUGUUCUCCAUGACCCGCCCCGUCAAAAAUUACAAAAAUCCCACACUAGUGUCACUGGAAGUUCUGCUCUAUGCCAUCCUAGAUGUGGUUGAAAAAGACCAGAAAUUUAUUCCUUAUGUGUGGACUGUCAUAAGGUGGAACAACGAAUACAUUUCGUGGGAUCCCGAUCAGUUUUGUGGAAUUGAUAAUGUUUCUAUACCUACUGAACUUUUAUGGAAACCAGAUCUUACGAUUGAAGAAAUGACAGAGAAAGACAAAGCCCCUCCCAGUCCUUACCUCACCAUCAACAACAAAGGAGACGUUGAAGUUCAGAAUGACCAGGUGUUAGUGAGCACCUGCAGGAUGCAUAUAUACAAGUUUCCUUUUGACAUUCAGAGCUGCGACCUCACCUUCAAGUCCAUCAUACACACGGUCAAAGAGAUCCGCCUGCAGCCCAGUGACAACUCUUCAGAAGCCACAGAGUGGUCUCGGGAAGUGAUGCGGACUCAGUAUGAGUGGCUGUUCAUCAACAUGAUCGUCACUACAAACAACGCUACCAUUUCAACUGAUCAAGAUCUCGUCAUUUAUACUAUCACGAUGAAGAGGAGGUCUCUGCUGUACAUUGUCAACUUCCUGCUGCCGGUUCUCUUCUUCUUGUGUUUGGACUUGGCCUCCUUCAUGAUCUCUGAUUACGGUGGAGAGAAGCUCAGCUUUAAAGUCACUGUGCUGCUGGCCAUUACAGUGUUGCAGCUCAUUCUCAAUGAAAUUCUGCCUUCCUCCUCUGACAGAGUCCCACUCAUAGCCGGUUACUGCAUCGGGAUUUUUGCUCUGAUGAUGCUCAGCCUGCUGGAGACAAUUUUCGUGAUGUAUCUGAGGCAGAAAAGCUCCCAAAAUACAGAGAGAGAGGGAUGCAUAGUCCAGGAAUCCAUCAAUUCCAACAAAGAAUCACAAGACUGGACUUCAGGUGGAUUUAUCUACAACAUGUCUUCUAGUGAAACCGGUGAGACCCUUCCUGGUGCCAAAGAGGACAGAAGCAGCAAACUGCUGGGGGAGUGCUACACCCUGGAGAGGAUUUCAGAUGAGCUGAGGGCGAUGGAGAAGACGUUGACUCUGCUCUUCAAGUCCAACAAAGACGAGGAGAUGAGUGGCUACUGGAACAGAGUGGCUACACGAGUUGACAAAGCUUUCUUUUUUCUUUACGUUCUAGUGGCCAGCCUUUUCCUGGUUCUCAUUUUCUUAGAGUGGCAAAGUGAUUCCAUUGUCACUGCAUAAAACAAUUCAGGUCUUCAUUUACCGUAUGUAGCCAUAAUCCAAGGCAGCAUUCAUCUGAAUAACUGCAUCCUGAUUUUGUUGUACUUAUUAUAACCCAAUUAAUAUAUCUGUCCCAUAUUAAAGCACAUUAAACAGAAGUUGUUCAGCUGAAAAAACAUUUAAUUCAGUAGCAGAAAAGAAAGAGGAAACAGUCUUAAUAAUUAUCAAAUGUCCACUCCUCCCUUAUAAGUCAUUAAUUCAUUUUGAAGUUAUAGUUUGCUGAAACUAUAACAAACUAGCACAGUAAAAUAACAUGUGAAAUAAAGCUGUUAAAAUAAAUGAGUACUUCAGGUUAAAACAAAUUCACUUUACAGAUAUGCAAAAAUCAAAUACUUUCGGCUGCACAAUAGAUCCCAUUCUGAUCCAUUGUAACUUUAUUAGAUUAUUACGGUAGCAUGAUUUAUGUGAUUUUUCAGUAACCUAAAGCAAUUCUGUCACACCAGUAAUAUGUGCUUCUGAAAUAUUUAUCUAAAAGUUGAAUUUUUAUAUGUAUAUUUGAUUGUCCUGCUGCCUGCUUAAACCGGAUGGAUAACAUCUACACUAAAAAUGUGACCAAGUUCAAAAACUUUGGAUUUUCAGAAAACAAAAUUAUUGGUAUAAAAUAAUUUGAUCUGAUUAAAUUUGGUGAAGUUUUGGUGACAAAUGAACACCAGUCAUCUUUGGUAUUGUAUCAUAGUUUCAAGUGAAAAUAGAGCCAGAAUGCUGGUUGCUUGGCAGCGUGAAAUGGAAAUCUCACCCUGCGGGUUUUUCCUGAAUUAGAUGUUCAUCCUCAGGUAGAAAAGUGUAGAUAAAACUUGCAUAGUUCUCGAUUAUUGUCAAAAUAAAUGUUGUUAUGCAUCCAUAGAUCAGUCCUGGUGGUUCUGGUGACCAUUUGGUCUGUGGCCUGUAAAGAUGAAACAGAGCGACUGCACAAGACGUGAAAGCCCCACAACGUUCUAUGCUACAACUUUGGUUCCAAAGCUUUUUAGUAAAGGGGCUGGACAUAGAAGGCAGGUCUUCUCAUUAACAUAAAGAUGCACAUGGAGAAGCAGAAAAAGGAAAAGAGAAAAAGGAGAAGUAGAAAAAGGGAAAGCAGAAAAAGGAGAAGUAGAAAAAGGAGAAGUAGAAAAAGAAGUAGAAAAAGGGAAAGCAGAAAAAGAAGUAGAAAAAGGGAAAGCAGAAAAAGGAGAAGUAGAAAAAGGGAAAGCAGAAAAACGAGAGGAGGCAAUGACAAAAGGAGGGCUUGUUUAAGAAAAAGACAAAACAAAAUAUCUGCAUUUCUUUUGCUUUUAUUUCUUAUGUCAGUUUUGGUCCUCCAUAGAGAAAUAGUGCAAUGGCUGAAUAUAUUUCAUAGAACAGUUGAGAUCAUUUUUAAUGACAUUGCAUGUUUAUUUACAUGUUUUUGGAUGUUAGCAGAAUAUAGAGAAACAUUUGUAAUGGAAACACUGCGACCAGAGCAAUGGAUAUUAUAUUACUACAGCCAGAACUUUAGUCACAAUUUUCAUAUCUUUCAAAGCAUGUUUGUGCAUUUAAAAGUUAUUUUUAUGGGGGUGUCCUUUACAACAUAAUUUCUGGUUAAUACUGGAUGUGUUUUUGACAUUACAUAUAUAGAGCGAAUGCAUGUCUAGUGUUGAAAGAAAGAAAAAAGGAUUUUGUUUUUCAAUAGUAAGAUGGGUUCAAGCAUAGAUCCAACUCAACACAAAUGUGGUCUCAUUAAAUGAAAUUUACAGUUCGAAGGUGUCAGAUUUAGUACAGAGCUAAAUCUGACAUAAAAUCUGUGGGAUCACCUGAUGAGAGCCGUGAACAAGAAAUGUCUUCACUUUACAAGUUCACAAAAAUAUUGAGGAAUCAAAAUGUGGAUGGAAACAAAAAGAAAGUUGAGUGCUAAAACUGAAACCUGAACAAUAGUACUAUAUUAAGACUGUGAGCACACUAACAUGUUUCCUUUUCAGUGUAAUUGUACAUAUUACAGCUAUAUUACAGUUGUAUUUGAAUUCAUCAGCAUUUUCUCACUUUUCUGUAUGAUAACCCCCUGCCCCCUGGUAUAAUGUGUGAAAUUGCUUCCUGUCUGCAUUUAAGAUAUAACGACAGUUCAUGUGUACAAUAAACAUCCUAAGAACACAAAUGCACACACACAUACAUGCAGUUGCAAGGACCACAAGGCUAGUGAUACACAGCUGAUAU